AUCCACCAUUUUCAUCAAUCAUCAUCCACUGUUUUCAUCAAUCAUCAUCUACCAUUUUCAUCAAACAUCUUCAUCAAUCAUCAACCAAGUUCAUCAAGUUAUUAUCAUUGUUGUGAAUCAAAUAUGGUGCGCACCUAUGUCUACUGACAGAGAGGGCCGUGUUAUACUUAACGAGGGCACUUCUAAUGCGGAGUCUAAUGCGGACGGUCAUUGUAUUAGGCCAACUGCUUCUGCAAGGGCACAACGACGACGAGUACAGCGGCAACAAGAAGAAGCCCAACCUGAACCCCAACCUGAACCCCAACCUGAACCCCAAACAGCUGAUAUAGAUGAACCUCCACAGAAUGUUGGAUAUCCUGGUGGUCCGGUUGAUAGUUUUGUCCUUAGGACAUUUGGCGAUCAUGUUGCGACUCGACUCUGGGAUGGCGAGGAUCGGGGAGAAUUAAGGGUGUUCAGCAAUGGGAAAAAAUUAAAAGAAGCUGUUAUUGAAGACGAAGAGGUUGAGCAACUGGUUAAAAGCUCGGGAUUGUAUUCGUUACUAAAAUGCAGCUAUGAAAUGAUCGACAAAUGGAUCAUUUCUGCAUUCGUAGAGAGGUGGCAUCGUGACACAAGUAGCUUUCAUCUCCCUAUUGGUGAAAUGACGAUUACUUUGGACGACGUGUCAUCUCUGUUGCAUAUUCCCAUUACCGGUCCAUUUUUCUGUGUUAAUGUAUUUAACAAGGAUGAAGGUGCAAAUAUAUUGGCAGAGCUUCUUGGAGUUAGUCACGGUGUUGCUUAUGCAGAAUUUAAUGUGAUGCGGACAACCACGGUUAGGUAUAGUUGGUUACUUGACGUAUACCAUCAGCGUUGGCAGAUGGCUGCGAGAGCAUAUCUUUUGUUUUUGGUCGGUUGCACAGUCUUCAGUGAUAAGAGUGCAUACGCAGUUAGUGUUGCCUAUCUUGAGUGCUUCCGCGACCUUAAUUCUUGCGGGGGAUAUGCAUGGGGUGCAACUGCUCUUCCUUAUCUUUAUGACAAUCUUCGAGAAGCCAGCAUGCAUCAAACCAGAACUGUUUCUGGGUAUCUGACACUUUUACAGGCAUGGGUCUAUGAGCAUUUUCCUACAUUAUGUAGAGAUUGUUGUAGACUUUCUGCUAGUUAUGUUGAAGACUAUCCUAGAGCACUUAAAUGGAAGCCUAAAAGGGAUAAGGGUUUGGUUCUUCCAUUUAGGAAAGCUCUUGAUGAGAUUGAUGUUGAUGAGGUCUGUUGGACACCAUAUGAGAACCAUCGACUGAAGCGGCCUUUUGAAGAUGUAUCUUUAUUUCGAGGGUGGAAACGUUGGGGUCCGAAGAUGUAUGCUCAUAUGCCAGACAGAGUAUUGCGGCAAUAUGGUCAUGUCUAAAUCAUUCUUGGCUCACCGUUAGAGGUAGUGGGUCAGACGACCACACCAGAUGAAAUGAACAUUAUGUUUACGCAAUAUGCUGUGCAUGUAGUGGAUGCUGGUGCAGUUGUGCAGGGACAUGUAGUCUGCUCGAAUGAUUAUAUGGACUGGUUUCACAGAAUUUCUCAUCCAUACAUCAUUCGUAGAGGACCAGUCCAUGAAGCUGAUGCAGAGCCUACUGAUCAUGCCACUCAUGCAGCUGAUGGCAGCGAUCCUGCUGAUGACACAAUUGACAUAACUCGUCGAGCAAUACAAAUUGCUGAAGAGCUGAUUGGCCGACAACUGAUAUUACCUAAUGGCAUGCCACUCAUUAAUGAGUUAAUUUUGAUGCUGCGAAGUCAGAGGGGUGGUGGUAGAGAUUGGACGAACACAAUACCAUAUCGUAGAAGAAAUAGAAGGACUUAGGAUUUAUUUAUAAUGUUUUGGAACAUGGUAUUUUUGUAAUUGAUAUGUAAUAUUUGGGUACUUUUAGGUAUUUUGGAUACUUUAGUUUUGGAUAUUAUGGGUACUUUCGAAUCUGAUAUAUUUUGGAUAUUUUA